GACAUAUAUAUAAAGAUACAUACACAAUCUUAAACACGUUGAGCCCUUCUUUCUCCUCCAAAACUCGACGUCAUGGCCAAAAGCCUCUCAAAACUAACGCCCAUCUUAUUCAUUUUCUUCUUCUCAACCUAUGUCACUGCAGAAACACACAAUUUCUCUCGGAAUUUAUCUCCUUCAUCGCUUGGACUUAAACAAGAGAAGCUAAGCCACCUCCACUUCUACUUCCAUGACAUUGUGAGUGGCCCUAACCCCACUGCUGUGCGAGUGGCGGAGGCUGCCACGACAAACACGUCGGCAACAGGGUUUGGAGCCGUCGUCAUGAUGGAUGAUCCGUUGACUCUCGAGCCAGAAAGUAGCUCCAAGCUUGUGGGAAGAGCACAAGGUAUUUAUGCGUUGGCGUCACAGCAUGAAGCGGGGUUGUUGAUGGUAUUGAACUUUGCUUUUAUAGAAGGAAAGUAUAGUGGUAGCACUCUUAGUGUGUUAGGGAGAAACAGUGUCUUCUCGGCCGUGAGGGAGAUGCCAAUCGUUGGUGGGAGUGGAAUUUUCCGGUUUGCUCGUGGAUAUGCUCAGGCAAGGACUCACACCUUUGAUCUCAAAACUGGGGAUGCCGUAGUGGAGUAUAAUGUCUAUGCAUUCCAUUAUUGAGCAAUUCACAUGCUUUAUACUUGGCUGUUCAUGGUUAAUAAAUUUAGUUCUUCUUAUUGAAUAUGUAAGAACAAAGCGAGAGAAGUUUGGGAGAAAAAUAAUUCUCUAAUUUGUAUUGAGUAAGAUAAUGAUAUGUACAUUUCUUGCAGUAUA